GUGGACGUGCAAGACCUUAUAUGCCAGGGUGACACAGGUGUGACCCUCCUGUGGUGCCCUGGGGUCCUGGACCCCUCCCCAGCCUACCCAGUGCCCCACAGCAGAUGAACCAGCUCUGGAGGUUGGGUGCUGUCAGAAGGGAAGCAGGAAGUGGAAGUGAGGCGUGAGCCCAGACCCGCUUCGCGGGCCGAAGGUGGUGCUGCCAGGAAGGGGAGGGGCCAGUGGUUUGUGUCUCAAAAGGGACCACGCUGCACGGGGCAAAGGGUGGCUGCAGACCCAGAGGCAGGCAUGCGGGCCCUAGCCAGCAACAUCUCAGGUAAGGAGAGAGUCUGGGAGUGUAUGGUUGUGACCUGACUCAGGUGCCCUUUGGAGGCUGUGAGAACAGAUGGAUGAUGAGAGUGGGAGCAGGGACACCAAGGUGGACCAGACUACUGGCCCAGGUGCCAUGCAGUGCCCAGUCAACUUCUCGGAGGCUGCGGAUCGCAUCCUCAGUGGCCUCCAGGAGGACUUCCUGUGGCCCAUGCUGGCAGCCGAGUUCCUGGUGGCCUUGGCCGGCAAUAGCCUGGCCCUGUACCGCUUCUGCAGCCGGGAGCAGCGCCCUUGGCCCCCAGCUGUGAUCUUCUCGGCCCAGCUGGCGGUCAGCGACCUGCUCUACGCCCUGUCGCUGCCCCCCCUGGCUGCCUACUUCUACCCGCCCAAGCACUGGCGCUACGGGGAGACUGCCUGCCGCCUGGAGCGCUUCCUCUUCACCUGCAACAUGCUGGGUAGCGUCAUCUUCAUCACCUGCAUCAGCCUCAACCGCUACAUGGGCAUCGUCCACCCCUUCUUCACCCACAGCCAACUGCGGCCCAAGCAUGCCUGGGCUGUCAGCGCUGCUGGCUGGGCGCUGGCAGUCUUGCUUGCUGCCCCCACGCUCAGCUUCUCUCACCUGAGCCGGUCCCAGCACAAAGGCCAGUGCUCUGUGGCCAGUCCGGGGGCCUGUAUCAAGUGCCUGGGGACAGCGGAUGACAGCCAGCUCGAGGCCUACCGGGUCUACCACCUGGUGCUGGCAGCCCUGGGCUGUGGCCUGCCGCUGCUGCUGACCCUGGCAGCCUACGGCGCCCUGGGGCGGGCCGUGCAGCACAGCCACGGCAUGACGGCGGCCAGCAAGCUGCAGGUCACGGUGCUGGUGGCCAGUGGUGUGGCCCUCUACGCGAGUUCCUACGUGCCCUACUACAUCACAGCGACGCUCAACAUGUAUGCCCGGCUGCGCUGGCGAGCCCUCUGCCCGGGUUUUGAGAACAAGGCCGCGGCUGAGAAGGCCCUGGCCUGGAAAACAUACUUUGCCCACCAGGUGACCCGGGGCCUGGUGCCCUUGGCCAUCUGCAUCCACCCGCUGCUCUACAUGGCUGUGGUGCCCAGCCUGGCCUGCUGCCGCCAAUGCUGCCCAGGCUGUGGGCAGGGUCAGACCCCAGGGGACACUGCGUGCCAAGCCCUGCCCCUCAACGUCACAGCCACCCCCCAAACCUCAGGGCUCCAGUCUCCCAAACUGAGCCCAUGACCUGGCCCACCUUCAGCCCCCUCCUCAUCACAAGAUGCUGGAACCCAGCCCCGAGCCCCCCCAACAAGCCAGGAGCCCCCACUUCCUCCCCACAGAAAGGCCUCCGGCGGGACCCGGGGGCCCGCAUGCCAGAGCUGCAGGAGCUUCCACUCACAGCAGUAAACCUGGGCAGGGCCUCGGAGCAAACCCAUGAUUGGGGGGGUGGCCCACCCACAACAGUGUGAUUGACAUCAGGGAAUAAAUGGAUGGAACAGCA